AUGGAUAACAAGGAAUCUAACGGAGAGCAGAGCGAUGAGGCCGAUCAUUCCGGUCAAAAUCUUGAUGGGAUAACUGACAACAAGCAAGGAGAAAGUCUUAUCAACGCAACCCCACCAAAAACACCACCAAGUCGCACUCAAUCUCUUAAAAGUGGAGGAAAGGGUCGAAAACCGCCGAAAAUCCCAAUAUCACAUCAAAAUGGUAAGCUCCCAAAGGACUCGGGCGUUACAGAAGAUGGAGACGAAGAUUCGGGUGAUAGUUUAUCAAAGCUAGAGCACACAUACACGGAUGAGAAACAGGAUCUUCUGACUUAUCUUGACCGACACGGCAUCAACAGUCCAGUCAAGCAGACACCCGAUGAAAUCGGUGGGACUACCAGUGCUUUGGAUAUUCUAGGGAUUAUUGAAGAGAGGGACACUGGUCCAAAAGGGGCCAACCAGACAGGCUCCCCCAUGCAGGCCAAACCAGUCGGCUUCCUGCAGAGGCAGCUAUGGACUGUUCUCCAGCCUUCAGAUAACAGACUCUCCAUGAAACUUUUCGGAAGCAAGAAAGGGUUACAAAAUGAGAAAUUUCGUUUGAGGAAAGCGGGGGUGCUUAUAAUUCAUCCAUGUUCUCACUUUCGAUUUUAUUGGGAUCUUCUAAUGCUGUGUCUGAUCAUGGCUAAUGUCAUCCUCCUACCGGUCGUUAUAACUUUCUUCCACAACAAAGAUAUGAGUACGGGUUGGCUCAUCUUUAACUGCUUCUCAGAUACAUUCUUCAUCCUCGAUCUCAUCUGUAACUUCCGGACCGGCAUCAUGAAUCCGAAGUCGGCCGAACAGGUGAUCCUAAACCCCCGUCAAAUAGCCUAUCACUAUCUCCGUUCAUGGUUCAUCAUUGAUCUCGUGUCUUCCAUUCCUAUGGAUUACAUCUUCCUCCUGGCCGGCGGUCAGAAUCGCCAUUUCCUCGAGGUGUCCAGGGCCCUCAAGAUACUGCGCUUUGCCAAGCUCCUCAGCCUUCUCCGACUCCUGCGCCUCUCCAGACUCAUGCGGUUCGUCAGCCAGUGGGAACAGGCCUUUAACGUAGCCAAUGCGGUGAUCCGAAUCUGCAAUCUAGUUUGCAUGAUGCUCCUGAUUGGCCAUUGGAAUGGGUGCCUUCAGUAUCUUGUGCCCAUGCUACAAGACUAUCCUGACCAAUCAUGGGUCGCCAUCAACGGGCUCGAGCACGCACAUUGGUGGGAGCAGUAUACGUGGGCUCUCUUCAAGGCGCUGUCGCAUAUGCUGUGUAUUGGGUAUGGUAAGUUCCCGCCCCAGAGCAUCACAGAUGUGUGGUUGACCAUCGUCAGUAUGGUUUCCGGUGCCACCUGCUUCGCCCUCUUCAUCGGCCACGCUACCAACCUCAUCCAAUCCAUGGACUCAUCAAGUAGACAGUACCGGGAAAAGUUAAAACAAGUUGAAGAAUACAUGCAAUAUCGCAAGCUACCGUCCCACUUAAGAAACAAGAUUCUUGAUUAUUACGAGUACAGAUACAGAGGGAAGAUGUUCGAUGAGAAACACAUCUUUCGAGAAGUUUCAGAGAGUAUACGACAGGAUGUCGCCAACUAUAAUUGUCGCGACCUGGUCGCUUCCGUCCCAUUCUUCGUCGGUGCCGAUGCUAACUUCGUCACUCGCGUGGUCACAUUAUUAGAAUUUGAGGUCUUCCAGCCCGGCGACACCGUCAUUCAGGAGGGUACGUUCGGUGAUCGCAUGUUCUUCAUCCAGCAAGGCAUCGUCGAUAUCAUCAUGUCCGAUGGCGUCAUUGCGACGUCACUCAGCGAUGGCUCGUAUUUCGGCGAAAUCUGCCUCCUGACCCGCGAGCGCCGCGUGGCCUCGGUGAAGUGCGAGACCUACUGCUCACUCUUCUCGCUCUCCGUCCAGCAUUUCAACCACGUGCUCGAAGAGUUUCCCGCCAUGAGGAAGACGAUGGAGGAAAUAGCCGUUCGUCGUCUGACGCGCAUCGGCAAGGAAUCGAGCAUGCUGAAAUCGCACCUACAGAGCCCCACCAUCCGGGAUACCGCCCCUCUCUUUCCGCUCCCUCCCGAGACGCCGUCAUUUGUCACUGAAAUGCAACGGAACCGAUUCUUCAACGACGACGACGACGACACACCGAACAGGACCCGCGCCGACGUGGAACAUGGGUCACAUGAGAACGUCAUCGCCAUCAUGGACGGGAGUCUCUCUGACCUCCGGGUAGAGAACGAAAUCCAGUCCAGUAGAUCGACGACCAGCGGAAAAAGGAGGAAAUUUCAGCAACACACAACCGAACUUUGAAACUAACAAAAUACGGCGAUUCCGGAGAUUUGAUAAUUACGCAAAGCAGACCUUUGGUGUUUUUUACUUGAUAUGUGAAGAAGAAAAUAUUGUUAUCGUUAAUCAGAUUUGUAAACUGAGAAAUCAUAAUUCGACAUUUCUUUCAUGGUUUCCUUAUGGAGGAAAUACUCAGAACAACGUGUUGGUAGCCGCUAUAGAAUUGUCGUCUUGCCUAACUUGUAUUAUGAGAAAUAUACUCAUUUUGGCGCUUUUAUACUUACAAAAUGAAACGAAUGCUUUAUUCAACACACUUAUUCAAAUAUUGUUAUCUGGUUUAGAAAGUUAGGUAUUUUCUUGGUAAAUGUCAGCAGAGCCUUUUAUCUAAUCCCUAGAAAUGGAUGAAAUUUAUUUUUAAGAAUCAUAUUUUGAAGGGAUUGGCUGCACAAGUCUUUCCAAUUGCUGAAUGUUACGGCUGAGGAUAAGGAUUUGAUAUAUGCAAUGAAAAGAGAAAACAAAUAUUUUUGUAACUUUAUGGCGAAAGAUAGUGAAUUGAUGAUUAGAACAUGGUGUUGGAUCUAGGACGAUAUAUAGCUGUCCUUUUCCACUCUCUACAAAGCUUUAAAUCAAUACAAUUAUUGUUGGAAAAAUAAGUGUGCAAUAUUGAUGAAAUGUGAGAAACUUUAUUUAAAAAAGAAGAAAAAUUGCUAUAUUCUGAGUCGAGAUUCAUUUGUCGCAUCUUGUCCCAUCUAUUCUACAUUUCAAAUUUCACUCUCUAUACUCUCUCUCCCUCUCUCUAAGUUAGGUUAUCGACUAUCUUUCUAUUACCCAUCCAUCGUUUGAGAUAUCUACCUAUCUAUCUAUCUAUCUUUCUUUCUUUCUAUCAAAACAAUGAGAAAUUUCUGUAUUUCUAACAGUUGUUUAAAAGCAAUUUCAAAUAUCAAUUUGGCCACAUUAUAUAGGUGAUGUCAUUAUGACGUAUGGUAUUAAAGGACGACUAUUACAUUUGCUCCGAUGCAACCCCAGGGAAGUGGUUCAUCAACAUUAUUGUCCGACAAGUUACUUUCAUUGAUGUUGAUUGGCUAAGAAGCACUGUUACUAUGGCAACUGUCGGAUAAAAUGGACGUACAUGUCGGAUAAAAAGUCUGACAAGUCAUUUCAUGAAAUGCUCCCCUGAUAUUCGAAAUCCAGCAUUGUCUAUAACAGAAGUGGAGGGGAGGAGAAAACUGGUCAUCCACAUAAUCUACAUUUUUUUCCAAUCGACCACUGGAAGAACUAUAAAUUGGUGGAGGAGGUCCUAAAAACUGAAGUUUGUUACAUUUUAAGCUUUGUUUUUAAAACAAGAUACGGUAUUUCAUAAGGUCUAAACAAAUGUGAGCGCGAAGCACCAACCGAUUUGUUUUUUUUUAGAUUCUGUGUAUUCAAACAUGAAAACGAAACUCUAAACACUUUUAGUACUCGUGAAAAAAAGUUGCGUAUAAAAAAAAUGUACAUUUCAUCAGAUACGGGAACUUUUUGUAGAGGUUCAUAAAGAAGAUAGGCUUACAUUUCUCUGUUAUCAAAUAACGUGAGCCCGCAGUGAGAACUGAAAGUUAUUGAUAUUCAGACCUGAAAAGUGAACAUUUCAAGAAGAUGAAAAUGUGUUUCUAUAAAAUGUUAUUGUAUAAUUUUGCGUAAAAAACUGCAUUCGGAAGAAAUUUUUUGGACAAAAUUGGCACACCAUUUUGGGUUAAUAGUCUCGGAAAUCAAUUAUGUAACUUCAGGGUUCUUCUUUUUUUUUCAAUAAGCGCAUGUCAAUAAUCAAUUCUAAUCGGUGAAACAGUGCCUAUAAUAAUUGCUUAUAACAAAUAUUUGGUGAAAAAAAGGAACGAGACAGUAAUUUUGGCACUAAAAUGUCACAUGAUAGGUUGCUAUAAUAGUGAACAAUAUGUAACUUGCCAUCAUAGAUCACAUAUUGUAUUUGUAUGAUGCACAGAAGCCUAUAUACCCAGAUUGCUAAACAAUCCUAAAUAAAUGUGUAUUUGAAAUUAAACACUUCACUUGAUACACAAAAGAGUCGGACAGCUCUUUCGAGCAAAGUUAUUAAUUUAUACAAAGAAAUUCUGCUUUUUGAUGCUUGUGUUAACAUACGACAUAGACAAGAUUCUUGAAUCUAUAGCAACGUGUAUUUUAUAUUGUAAAGAAUGCAAUAAA